AUAUUUGAAUGUGUAAUGUCUAAAUAUGGAAGUAAGCCAUGCGAGUGCGAAGUGCCAAAGUGUCGUCCCCAUCCCUACUCGGUCUCUUUUUGUACGUCUUCAACGAAAGCGCGCUACAYAAGGAAGAGUCGAAGGGUUUUUACCCUAAAAGUUUCAAAGUUUUUAACCGGACAAGUCGCCAAAAUUCCUCCAUUUAAGGAUUUCGAUAUCCCUCCCCCUUUCCCUACCGGACUGGACCUGAAGGCUGAGCAGGAUUCGUAYAACAUCAACCCAAUAUGCAGCGAAGCCAUGGACGUUCUUGAUCUGUACGAAACCGGUGAGUGGUCUGCAGCAAGUUCUCCUUGCUCUGAACUCUUUGAUGACAUCCCAUCUCCAGCAUCGAGCUUGGAAGAUUCGUGCAUCAACGACUUCUCCAUCGACUUCACUUCAUACCUCGAUCCUGCCGCUCUCAAUACUGAUCCAGACGACCUUUGCAAGUAUCUACCCCGUAAGAGUGUUAAAGAAGAGGAACCAUAUUUACCUGAAGUAGACGUUGGCUAUUUUUCGAAAUUGUCAAACUUAGUUGUUAAAAGAGAACCUAAAGAAGUUUCCCCUAAAUUGGUUAUGUCGURUAAUAAUAGUAAUAGUAAGCCUCCAACCAUGGUACCAAGGGACAGYCAUCAGAAGAAGUUACCAUCGGCAUCAUCUCAGCUGAAGGCUCCGUCUUCGCGAACAAUGCGAAAGCACAGUUCCAACAAGCGAAACCUUGAGAAGGACACCGAAGAGUACCGCUUAAAGCGAGAAAGAAACAAUGUUGCUGUAAGGAAAAGUCGCUUCAAGACCAAACAAAAGUUUCACGAGACACUCCACAAGGUCGAGGAGCUCACAGAGGAGAACGACCAACUUCAUGCGAGGGUUGAAGUUCUCACUAAAGAGCUCAGCGUACUCCGAAACCUUUUCUCCAACCCAAGCAUCUUCAAGGAUCAAGCACUCGCUAGAGCUCUUCUGGCACAAGGAUUAGCUGAACAUUCUGCCUAGAAAUCAGCUGAUGAUUCUCCCUUCACAAAAAACAUGGACUGUCGUUAGAGGAAAAGAGUUGAUUUUGCUCAAAUAUCCAACUUGUAAAACCAUCAUGGUUAGUAAUAAAUCCUCUUAAAAAUAA